CAGUAGAAGAAGAAGUAGUAAACACAACACGGGGUAGCGCAGCUAGCAUUUGAAGCUAACUUUAGUGAUACCGUCCAUACCGGUCAAAGCUUAGUAUUGUCCAUUGACAAACAUAAUUAAAUUUUCUCUUAUCAUAUGACAACUACCAAGUUCUUCAUAUGCAUCAAGGCUAGGUACGACUUUGGAAAGAAUUAAAAGAAGAAGAAAGAGAUAUCUAGGUGUUUACUCAAGUUAGCUGUUAACUUUUGGUGUUUGCUCAAGCUAACCUGAAGAGGAGGUUCAGUGGUGUCGAGAAGAUGGAGUUCAUAACUACCUUCAACUAGGAAAAGAUCCCGGCCUUACCUGGCUCUGUCUGUGGUCUUGGACUCAGCUCAGGUUGUGGUCUCCUGUCAUGGUCUUGGACAUCCUCUUGUAGGAACAAGGUCUGUCCAGUGAUGGCGCAGUAUCAGAGAAAACGACCCGUUAACACGACUGAUUUGUUGAGUCGAAGGAGUAGAGGGAUCAGAGAUGCUGGCACUAUCACCAGACACAAUAUGAAACUCCUAAGAGCUAUCCUCCUUCAGGACAACAGGGUUUUUAUUAAAGUCUGGAGUAAGACGUCAAAGUCCACAAUAAUGUAUGAGAAUGGUAAAAUCUACUUUGAGAAUUACCAGAACUGCUACAGCUGUGUUCAUUCCCAGCCUCAUAUUCUCUACAAACUUCCCAAGAAGUCUAAAUUAGAAAAAUUUGAAGAUGCCUUGCUGUGUCAGAGCCCGCUUGACAAAACAUUACCUUCCCUCUCUGACCACAAACCCAGCCUCUUGGCUUUGACAGCCAAUAACUGGCUGUAUCGUCUCUCACCUGAAACAGGGGAAGAGCUGCAGAGGGUUUACCUCUCUUCAAAGCAUAAGUUCAGGUACCUUAGCUGGGAUGUUUCUCAAGAAAUGUUUUAUGUGAAAUCUGUUCAGAACAAAGAAAUGUCACUGGAACGACAGGCUGGUAUAACUCAGAAUGUAGUGAUGCAUCUGGCCAUUUUUCAUGUUUUCCCCUUGAAAAUUGUGGGAAUUUUGGAGAUCAGCAAAAAGGUAUUUGGAAGCGGUGUCACAGAUGUCUUCCUCUCUCAGGGUGUUCUCGUGGUGUCGCACAGCAACAAGUCAGUGAAGCUGUACAGCUUUGAGCACAUCCUCAAAAAGCACUUGACAGAGAAGAUAACUCUUGGAAAGCAGAGUUCCCUUCUAGGAGGAAAAACAGUGGGAGAAGCUCCGUUUGGUAUUCCAGUAAAUAUCCAGAUCACAGAUUGCCCUCCAGUGCUUUUUGAGAUGUCAUGCUCUAAUAAUGCUAUCCAGAUAGGGGGUUACCCAUGGCACUACAUCUACACACCACCACAUAAACGUCACAAUGGGACUCACCACAUCUGUUCACUCAAGGACAGCUCUCUGGCAACAAAUGGAAUUCAAAACAUGAACUGCUGCUCUCUAGAAAGGGAUGGGAUCUUCUUCCACCCUGAUGACUCAGGACGAAUUAUUCAUCUGGGACCAACAAACAUAAAUGUCCUUAAGAUCCUGGGUGAACUGAACAGUGGUUUGCCAUCAAAGGUUAAUAUUGAUUUCUCUAUGGAAACCCAUCGAAACAACCGUUCUACCUCACAGGUGACUGUCACGUCAUCGGGCCGCACGGUGAAAAGAAGAUUUCAACCGCUGGAUGACGACCCAGAUCAAGAGACUUUCCGUAUGGUGGAAUAUGAGGAUGAGUUGGAUCUUCUGGCAGUGGUAGUAACAAAUGGUGAGGAGGGAGAAGGAAGAGCCAGCAUCCGUCUCCAUGACAACCUGAGUGGGAAGUUACUGCGUACAGUUGAUCUGGAUGAACCUUUGGAUGAGACUUAUCGACAUGAGUUGUUCUUCGACAAGGACACCAUAGUUCAUAUCGCACAAAAGAACACCAGCUUCUGCUGCCAUGUCUACAAACUCCAAGCUUCAAGAAGAUAAGAGGCUCUAAGAUUAAUGAAGCUCCUGGAGAGAAGCUAAGAAUGUGUAGAUAUCUGUUUCCAACUUUUUUCAUGUGCUGUAAAACUCAAGUCCUGUCCGGGCUUUUAGUGCCUUUAUUGAAGAGACGGGACAAUGGAAAUAGCCGGAAAUUGGGGGGAGAGAGAGUGAGGAAUGACAUGUGGAGAAGGAGACACACGUUUGGAUUCAAACCUGGGCCGUCCGCUUUGAGAACUACAGCCUCAGCGUAAACCAACCACUCAGCCACCAGCGCCCCAAAAAGUACUGUUUUUAAAU